AUGUCUUCGUCCGCCGCACGAGACACCGCCGUUAAAAAGAAGCACGUUCGUUUCAGCAUGGAGGACGACAACGACGACCAGGAAGACACCCUGUUCGACAAAAGGAAAGACGCCGGGAGAGGGCUGAAGAGUGCGCUGAAGGCGGUCAAGAGGGCGACGAAACCAGGAUGCGACGACCGAGUGGAAGUGGUCGGCGGACACGGAGCGUGCGGCCGCUGGAUGGUCACCCUCGCCCUCUGCGCAUCUUUCCUGGGCUUGGGGAUGUGUAUCUCUGUUCUUGGCCCCACGUUCGAGGACCUGGCCGUGAAUGUGAAGAAGAACAUCAGCAACAUUUCUUACAUCUUCGUCGGCCGCUCUUCGGGCUACAUUGGCGGUUCCCUCUUAGCAGGCAUCCUCUUCGACUUCAUGAACCCCCACCUCCUGUUAGGGGUUUCUAUGCUGGUCACAUCAUUUGGAAUGUGUGCGAUCCCUUUCUGUAAGCAGGCUCUGCUCCUCGCUGGGCUCAUGUCCCUCAUUGGGAUGUCUAUGGGCAUUCUGGACACAGGUGGUAAUGUCCUCAUACUGAACACGUGGGGGGAGCAGGCGGGCCCCCACAUGCAGGCUCUGCACUUCAGCUUCGCCGCCGGGGCCUUUGUGUCUCCGAUCAUCGCCAAGCUGCUGUUUGGGCCCGACGACGACAACAGCAGCAGCAGCGCAGCUUUCAUAGCAACCAGCUCAACACCUCCCGUCACCACAGAACCAAACGCCAAAGCCCCCGACCCCCCCGCGGCCCUCCACUACAGCCACAGCAGGAGCACCACCCUCAAAUCCAUGUGGGCCUACGUCGUGAUCGGCUCUUUCGUCUUUCUCGUCUCCCUCCUCUUCUUCAUCCUCUACUGUCGCAGCAGCGCGUCACGCGACAAAGCCCGCGCGUCCUCAGGGAAGCCCCCGGUGGCCAAACGUCACACGGCUCUCGUUGUCCUGCUCUUCUUCUUCUUCUUCGCUUACGUGGGUGCUGAGGUCGCAUACGGCUCCUUCAUCUUCACCUUCGCCAAGGACUACGCCCGCAUGGCCCAGCCUGAGGCCGCAGGGCUCAACUCGUUGUUCUGGGCGGCGUUCGCCGCCUGCAGGGGGUUGGCCAUCUUCUUUGCGGCGUGCAUGUACCCGGGCACCAUGAUCCUGCUCAGCCUGGUGGGCUCCACCGUGUCCUCGCUGCUGCUCUGCCUCUUCAGCAGGGAGACCGCGGCGCUGUGGGUCUGCACGGGUCUGUACGGCGCCUCCAUGGCCACCACCUUCCCCAGCGGCAUCUCCUGGCUGGAGCAGUACACCACGGUGACCGCCCACACGGCGGCAGCUUUCGUUGUGGGGGCAGCACUGGGGGAGAUGGUGCUCCCCGCUAUCGUAGGCUUCCUGCUGGGGCAGUUCCCCGAGCAACCCUUGCUCAUGUACCUGUCGCUCGCCACCGCCACCUUCACCUCCAUCCUCUUCCCGGUCAUGUACAAGCUAGCCUCGGCCCCCAGCGGCCAGACCAGGAAGCCCCGCGCCAGGGGCCGGCCGGACGCAGACGACAGCGAAUACCGCCAAGCGCUGCUGGAUUCAGGCGCCAACGAGGAGGAGGAGGAGGAGGAGGAGGAGGAGGAUCAGGACGAUCAGGACAACGAGGCUGAUCAGUGGAACGACGCAGACUUUGAGGUCAUUGAAAUGGAUGACACGACCAGUCUCAUCAGUUCCCCCAGCAAGGCCUCCACCCCCCCAGACGCCACUGGUCUAACAGGGAGCGCCGCGGCCUCCAACAGCCCGGCGACGGGGCCUGCAGGCGGAGCCUCUUUCUCAGACGCCGUCUCCCCGGUAGGAGACUCCCCCAGACGCAAACUACUGCUCUCUCUGGACAGAGAGAAGAGAGACUGAACCCCCCCCCGCCCCCCGUUGCUCUCUCACCGAACACUAAAAGAGCCACGUCUCUGCCUGUCUGCGCUCAUUUGUUGUUCCUCAACAGUCGAUGAUUUACUGUGCAGAGAAUGCAACGCUGACUACUGACCGAACCCUGUGCAGCUUAGAGACAUCUGUACCGUGUGCCCGGUGACGCACGCUCCUCCUGGACAACCAAGGAUCCGAUUUUGCACCGUACCGCUUACGCUCCAGACAGUUUUAAACUUUGCUCCCCUUGACAGGGAGGUCAAAGGUCACUGUGAGCUGGAGAACAGGUCCCUGCUGGUAGAAUUCAGCGCCUUGCUCGAGGACACAUGAGCAAAGAGGAUGAGAUGAACCAGGGACGCUGGUGUUAAUGUGUUUUGCACUAUUGCAAUGAUUCAACAGCAGGACGUGUGUGUGUGGUGUGUGAGUGAGAUAGUGUGUGUGUGUGAGACGAUAUUUGAAAGAAGUUGUUUUUGAUGCACCGAUUUUGGUUUCUUUGUUUUUGUGGUGUACUGUAAUGUGCUGUGGCUUGUGGAUCUCUAAAUCACGCGUUGUCACUGUGAAUCAUUAGAAUUUCAUUUCUAAAACUGAAUCAUUCACAGAAGGCAUUUUAAUACAUUGACUUUUUAUUAUAUCAAUCUCAAACCUCCACCCACAGCAAUGUCCAUUAAAAA